AUGAGUGCAGGAGCUGGAGAGGGCGCUUAUAGCUUCUCCUUGACGACAUUCUCGCCGAGCGGCAAGCUUGUGCAGAUUGAACAUGCGCUUGCAGCAGUAGGACAAGGCACUACGAGUCUCGGGAUCAAGGCGUCGAACGCCGUCGUGAUCGCGACGGAAAAGCGACCGCCAUCGCCCCUAGUCGACGACUCCGCUAUUGAAAAGGUUGCACUCGUAUGUCCGAACAUUGGUAUUGUAUAUUCGGGCAUGGGCCCCGAUUUCCGCAUUUUGCUUGCUCGCACCCGCAAGAUCGCUCAGUCGUACUGGAAGAUCUUCGGUGAAUACCCCACAACCAAAGUGCUAGUGCAAGAGAUCGCCACAGUGAUGCAGGAUGCGACACAGAGUGGUGGUGUGCGACCUUUUGGCGUAUCGCUCCUCGUCGCUGGCUUCGAUGCCGUGCGUGGCCCCUCGUUGUACCAAGUGGAUCCCAGUGGCAGCUACUUUAUGUGGAAGGCCACUGCUAUGGGCAAGAAUAUGACCAAUGCAAAAACGUUCCUGGAAAAGCGGUAUAGUGAUGACAUCUCGUUGGAAGAUGCGAUUCACACAGCAAUUCUCACGUUGAAAGAAGGCUUCGAGGGCCAAAUGACUGAGAAAACCAUCGAGAUUGGCAUCAUUGGACAUGCCACCAGAGCCACAGUCGGUGCGGGCACAGAACUUGUCCCAGUCUUCCGACGCCUCUCAGAACAAGAAGUCAAGGACUACUUGGCUUUGUAA